AAAAGUGGUUGAGGAAUUAUCUAUAAGCCCCUACACAACAGACAGCCAAAAUAAAAACUCCUUUAAAAUAAAAUUGGCUGGUUCCCUAACCAUAAGCGAUUUUGUCAUUCUAAAAAAAUUGUAUCUUUACGAUAACGAACUUGCUGAAUUAAUCAUUAAUAACUGCCCCGAAAUUGAGUUGAUUAACUGUGCUGCCAACUCACUUACUGACGUGGGUUUUUUGACUACCCUCUACCCCGAAAAAUUGACCAAUCUUCACUUGGAAAAUAAUAAUAUCUCAGAGCAAGAUUUAAGUUGUUUUGCGAAAUUUGUCAAUCUAACUACGCUUUUAGUCGGCAAUUCGGAUAAAAACAAAAUCGAACAAGGCAUUUAUAAUCGAUUUACUGGCAACCUAGAAUGUUUAAAAAAUUUAAGCAAGUUAGAAAGGUUAAGUAUUCAAAAUGCUGAUAUCGACCGGGGAUUAGAAUUUUUGCCUCGCUCAAUCCAAGAAUUUCAUUUAGUUUUCACGGGACUUAUGACUUUAAAAGUUGAAGAAUGGGCGGAGGAGUUGGCUCGGCAACAAAGAAAAAAUACUUCCCACCCAAAAAUUACGGUCUGGGAAAAUGAUUUAGAAGCAGAUAAUUCGGGGUCGGAAAAAGAAACCGGAUCGGUUAUUCACCUAAAUGAAAUCGCCCAAGAGUCGCACCAAUUACAACGAAUAGAGAUUAACCCUUACCAAAA